UAACCCUUUCGUCUCCUCGUCUCUGCAGGGUCAUGGCGGCCGUUCCGGACUCUCCUCUGUACCUGGGCUUUGACUUCAGCACCCAGCAGUUGAAGGUCCUGGCGAUCGAUGAACACUUGAACGUGGUCCAUCAGGACAACGUACAGUUUGACUCAGCGCUGCCAGAGUUCAGGACUCAGGGCGGAGUUCAUCUUCACCCUGAUAGGCUGACGGUCACCUCUCCUGUGCUGAUGUGGGUGAAGGCUUUGGACCUACUGUUGGACAAAAUGAAGAGGGUGGGAUUUGACUUUUCCCAUGUCCAAGCGCUGUCCGGUAGUGGACAGCAACACGGCAGUGUUUACUGGAGACGAGGAGCGUCCCGGACUCUGCAGGACCUGGACCCGGACCAGGAUCUGCACCAUCUGCUGAAGAGCAGCUUCUCGGUGUUGGACAGUCCAGUGUGGAUGGACUCCAGCACCAGGACGCAGUGUCUCCACCUCCAGGACACAGUGGGCGGAGCUCUGAGACUGGCCCAGAUCACCGGGUCCACCGCCUAUGAGCGUUUCACUGGAAACCAAAUCGCCAAGAUGCGUCAGAGUCGAGGGGUGGAGUUCGAGGACACGGAGAGGAUCUCACUGGUCAGCAGCUUUGCCGCUUCGCUGUUCCUCGGAGGUUACGCCGCCAUCGACUACAGCGACGGUUCAGGGAUGAAUCUACUGGACAUCAGCACCAGAACCUGGUCUGAGAUCUGCUUGCAGGCCACGGCUCCACAUCUGGACCUCCUGCUGGGACUGCCGCGACCCCCCACAUCCGUCCUGGGUCCAGUCUCCGCCUACUUCAUCCAUCGAUACGGAUUCUCCGAGUCCUGCAGCGUGGUGGCCUUCACCGGAGACAACCCAGCGUCUCUGGCAGGAAUGAGGCUCCAACCUGGAGACAUCGCCGUGAGUCUGGGAACCAGCGACACCGUGUUCCUGUGGAUCCAACAGCCCCGCCCGGCGCUGCAGGGUCACGUGUUCUGUAACCCGGUCGACUGGCGCCAGUACAUGGCCCUGCUCUGUUUUAAGAACGGAUCGCUGACGAGGGAACGAAUCAGGAAUGAAUGUGCUGGAGGAUCAUGGGAGGUUUUUUCUGCCGCUUUGAGAGAAACGCCUCUGGGAAACGACGGAAACAUAGGCUUUUAUUUUGACACCAUGGAGAUCACGCCCCCUGGGGUCGGAGUUCACCGCUUUGACCGCGACGACAAACAGGUGUCCUCGUUCGGCGGUCAGGUGGAGGUCCGGGCGCUGGUCGAGGGUCAGUUCCUGUCCAGGAGACUCCACGCCGAGCGCCUCGGAUACAACAUCGUUCCAGGAACCAGAGUGUUGGCCACAGGAGGGGCGUCGUCCAACCGUGACAUCCUGCAGGUUUUGUCGGAUGUGUUCAACGCUCCUGUUUUCACCAUCGACCUGAACAACUCGGCCUGUUUGGGAUCAGCCUACAGAGCCAUGCACGGUUUGGUCGCAGACUCUGGAGUUUCUUUCUUCGACGUGGUGAAAAAAGCAGCAGAUCCACAACUGGUUGUAAAUCCACAUCCUGAAGCAGCACAGGUCUACGAUGAGUUGCUGAAGCGCUACGCCCGAUUGGAGGAGAGAGUUCUACAGGAGCCCCGCCCCUAAUGACCCCAACAACCAAUCACAGCUGUCGAGGACGGUGUGUUUCCUCGUCUGACUGGACAACACACAUUUAUAGAAAAAAUAUAUAUAUAUACAUAUAUAAUCUUUAAUAUGAUUAGAUUUAAUCCAUGAUAUUCAUGAUUAAUGUAAUGUGGGAAAAUCCACCAAUAAAAAAACAAAGACUUCCACAUGAAAAUAAAUGUUCUUAUGUUGGAGUCAAACGGGAAAGGAUCUGAUAAAUAUUUCUGUCUGAACUGUAACUUGAAACGUGUCUUUGCUCUAAAACUACAGAUAAACUGAACCUGUUCGGAAAAAAACUACAUUUAUAUCCAAUGAAUUUUUAGUUUGGCUUGUUUUUUCCCUUUACUUUUAACAAAUUGAUAGAAAAUCUUGUAUGAAAUUUGUUUAAUCAUCACAAAAACAUGACACAAUCUAGAGCUACAGUGUUUUAAGGUGUAAUUUUUUGUCAUUUUCACAAUAAAUAACAUCACUAAUGAGUGAUAUUGA